AUGCGAGAGGGUGCUCAUCUGGCGGCGGUUUCUGUGCAUGUGAUCAAGGAUGAUGACGACUCUGGCAGCGCUAAGGCCCUACCGCUUCAGAGUAAAGCUGCAAAAGUCUUCUUGCUGGUUGAACGGCAGCGAGUUUUGACAGAACACCAGCAGGAGAAGAAGGAAAAGAAGGAGAAAAAAGAGAAGAAAGAAAAGAAGGACUGCGAGAAAAAGAAGAAGGACGCCGACGACAGCGACGAAGAUGAUGAGAAGGAGAAAAAGGAAAAGAAGGAGAAAAAGGAGAAGAAGGAAAAAAAGGAGAAGAAGGAGAAAGACAAGGACAAGGAGAAAAAAGAGAAGAAGGAUAAGAAGGAGAAGAAAGAGAAAAAGGACAAAAAGGAGAAGAAGGACAAGGAGGAGGCUCCGGAGGACGACGAAGACUCCGACAAGGAUGUCCAGAAUCUCACGCAUGACGACGAGCAGACCAAGUCUGUGAUCGUCGUUCUGAAGGAGUUCGUGGACAGCAAAGGUGGCAAGCCCAGCAAGGCCGACUUCUUCGAAGAGCUGCGCAUGCAGCAAUUGGCAAAGGUGUUUGACAACAAGGUGCGCUUGUUCAUCGCCUUCGAGGUGCUAUGUGGCAGCUCCAUGGAUGCCAAGGCGCUCAGUGGAGCCAGCGAGUUGAUUGACAAAGUCAUCAGCAGCCCGAAGUUGCCAGCUCGUGAUGUUGUCUGGGCUCUGGAUGCCUACCUCCAGGCGAACCCCGGAGUUUCAAAGGGCUUCGCCAUGAUGCUCAAGGUCGCCUACGAUGAGGACUGGGCGGAGGAGAAGGAGAUCCUCUCGUACUACCAGGAGGACGAGGGAGUCGGGGAGCCAGGCUUUGAUGAGGCCAAGAAGUUGGCAGCACCAUUCCUGACGUGGUUGGAGAAGGUCGAUUCUGAGGAGGAUGACGACGAUGAUGAUGACGAGGAGUGUGACCGCAAAGUGGCAGCUCGCAAGCGCUUGAUCCCAGAAGAGGUACUGGGCGCAAUCCCCUUCAGCCGCCCCUUUUUCGCAGCUACAGACGCCUUGGAACAGUGGGACGUCAAUGCUGAAACCAAAAUGGACCGCCAGCCCUGCUUGCCUGCGUUUCAGUCGGAAAGGAGCAGAUGCCCAAGGCAAAGCUAUUGA